UGUAGAUGUUGACUCUCACAUUGCUGUUAGUUCCGCAGAAACCUUUUCAGUAGCAUGGGUCCAUUUCUUCUUGGUUAUUCGAGUGGAAAUAUCUCAAAAGAAGAUGGAACGUGUAGCUCGAGACAUGAAGUUUUGUCGGAAGUCGAAGCAAGCAACACUUGAAACUUUGAAACGUUGAAGAAUUGUACAAUUUUCUUUUUGUCUAUGAUGAAGAAGUGAUUGCUAGACUUAUCGCAGAAAGCGUAAAUCAUCCAAAGCUACAAGAUGUGAUUACUGAUAUUAUACUAAAGGUUGAACGUGUGCACUGCUGUUAUUUCAUUGAAGAGAUGGAUCGAGAGGAAUCAACUGAGUUUAAUAUUAAUCUCUCUUUGCUGGCUAAUUCAUACCAAGAAAAUGAUAUCUUCCCCUCCCAGUUGUCAUGUUUUUUAAAUUCUAGAAGAGCUUUAAUUGAAAGCUUAUUAUCAGCUGCCUAUGAAUUAGAAAAAAAUUCUUUCACGGUUGCAGUAAUGAGGCUGGUUGGCUUAACUGUAGGAGUUAUUCGCUUUCUAAGUAAAGUUUCCUUAGAUCGCUUAGAAUCUUAUCUUAAGAUCUCACCAAUCCUAGGACAUUCAAUUCGAUAUCUAUUAAAUGCUGCUUCUCAUUUCGGACCAGAUCUAAAAGUUCCAGUUCAAUAUUUAUUAAUUGUUGCCUCUUACUUUGGACCAAUCUGUGUAAUGACUUCUUUUGUAGAAUAUUUACGCUCCAAAUAUAUACUUUGUUGCAUCAUAAACACAGUUGAAGAAUACAAAAAGACAUUGGAACCAAUAAGCAAUUAUGUUUCGGAAAAAGAUGCCAUGCAAAGUAUUGUGACAAAAAUAUUCUCCCAAGAGAUUGACGAAGAUGUCAUUACGAAAAUUGAAGAAACAAUGGAAUAUUUGGAAUAUGAUCGGAAGAUAUUUACAGCUAUAUUAAUUUCAAAAGUGAAACAAAAUCCUUCUUCUGUCAAAGAUGGGAACUUUUUGUGCAAAGCAUAUCGAUUCAGCAGAACAGAAGAAGCAUAUGAAUGGUACAACAGAAUGUCAUGGGGUAUUCAUCUCGUAGAUCCAGCUAUUCAUGACGAAGAAAUAUUUAUCAACAACAGAAUUAAUCUUCUAGACAUCCGAGUUUGGAAGGAUGAAUUAUUCCAUCUAAAAAUGACAUAUCAUUCAUCAGGCCAGUCAAUUCAAGACAUAAUAUUCUUUUUAAAGCCUUUAAAAUUGCCUGGAUUUGUUCUUUUUGGUUUGCAUAGCGUAUGUCUUUUUUAUAAUGUCCAAAAGUUUAACCAUGCAAAGAAGUAUAUGUUUUCCAAUGAUUUAAGAAAACUAGCCUCUAAACUCCUUAGAGGCUAGCAUUCUUAUGUUUUAAAAACAUGUUAUUUUCACAGAUUUUUUUAAAGAAUAUUGAAUUUGUUUUAUUUUUUUAUAUUCUUGUGAUCAAGUAUGAAAAAAAAAAUACUCCCUGCACCAUUUUUUUAAGUGAAUGGCAUACUAAGUGCAUGGUCAUUUACAAUUCAAGAUAACCGCAUGCUGACGAUAAAUAAAGUCACAUCUUAGACGAAUGACACAAACUGUGUGUCAAAAUUGUCUCAAAAUUGUGAACAAUAAUUCCAAGAAAACUAAAUUUAGCAAGUAACAAAACAAAUUUAUUAACACAAAACGAACUAUUUUUUUUUAUCUUAGAUAUGGAAUCAGAAUGCAGAAUAUAAAUUAAUUUUUGUCAGAAACGCCCAACUCUACAAAUAUUUCAACUUUAAUAAAUAUAUACUUUCAAAUAUUUAUACUUUAAAUAUAUAAGUAUAUUAUUCAGGUCAUAUUUCUUUCCCGUCUCUUAAAGUUACUUAGACGUUUUAUGAUUAUUAUUACAAAAUAGCUUUCGUUUCUUUGUCAACUUGAUUUUUCAAAGAUUUUCAAGAUAGGGACUAAGAAUCGCAAAAGCUUAAAAGCAGUGAUCAUGAAAAAAACUAUGCAUAAAUGAUUAAUGCAUUGUUGUAUUUUCACUGAUACUGUAGAAAGUUGAUAAAUUAUUAAGAAUUACUUUCAGAGAAUCCAAAACAUCAAAUACAUGUCAUAAACUCAUUUUAAUUGAAGAGCUAAAAUUCUUUCAAGGUUCGAUUUUAAGGAUAAUUGUGGAAUAUAAUCUGAUUUGUAUGGUUUCUUUUUUAAAAAAAUGUUCCACAGUAUAUUCUUAUUCUAUAAAAGGAUGAAGGAUUGUUUUCUUAAAUAUGUCAAUUCUAUAAUAUGGAAAAUUGAAAUAAAGUUUUUAAUGAAGAAAUCCUGUAAAUCAAUUAUAUAUUCAUUGAAAAUAAUAAAAAAUACUUUGACAAUGGUUUUUUAAUAAUACGUUUUGUACUAUUAAUAGCUUAUAUAUAUAAGGCUUUAUAGUAAGUCUAUUGAAGAUUUUCUAUUGUCAUUUAUGAAACUUCUAAUUGGCUGCGAUGUCUGUAAAGCGAUUAUUUUGAAUUCUAAAAUUAAAUUUAUAAUUGUGAAAUAUUGAAAAAUCACAAGAAAAUAUGAAGUACUCUAAUCACUUCCGAACCAUAUUACAAAAAUCCUCAAAUUAUUAAAGGUAGAAAAAAUAUUUUCUCUAAAAAUAAUGUCAGAGGGAAAAACCUUAUUAGCUGCAUUAAGGGGAUAUUAUCUGUACAAAUUUAUUAUGCUUGAAGUAUUUGAAAUAUGGUAAUAGUUUAAAUCAAGGCCUUGGUUUCUAGGCUUGAGAUAAUUAGGAAUAUGUUUCCAUUGAAGGCUGUUGAGUAUGACAGUCUAGUAGUACAUGUAUGCUAUUGUUAUCUCCAUGACUUAACCAUUCUUUUGAUCGUGUGUUGUGAAAAGUCGAGUGAUAGCCGUUAUUAUUAUUCAUCUUCGCCAUGUUACAUUUUAAAGCAAUAAUACCUCAUUAAAUAAAUCCUUAUUGUUUAACAACGGAUUCUAAAACAAUCCGCGCUUUUGCGCAAGCGUUAGGAUGGGUUUAAUGCGUUAAUAAGGGUGAGAGGAAACAUGAAAGGAUGAGAUGUUUACAUUUAACAACUAAAUAAACUCGGAUUACUCGCAGACUGAAUUAAAAUAAUGCGAUCAGAAACGACACGAUACUCACAUACAAGUGGAAAAAAAUGAACAAAAAAUAUCUAAUAGGGCGAAAAUCAAGGUCAAAGAAUGACGAAGCAUUCCGGAAAUGCUCUCAUUCUUCCGCGUCUCUCCCCUUAAUGAGGGACUCGUCGAAAAGGGGUCGUCUCAAAAUACUGAAAUGAACAGUAUAUAGCUUAAAUUCAGAAUAUUAAUCUGUCUUCUAGAAUAUAUUACUAGAAACUGGAUAAACACACGAGUUGGAAUAACAUCUCAUUUUUAUGAACUUUUGUCUUAAUUCCUCUUAUUUUUUUCUAAAGAUUUGAUUAAUAUCAUAUUUAAAUCUGCUCAUAAUACGAUAAUAUUAUGGCAUAUUUCAUAUUUUCGAGACAUGUUUAGAUUCUGCUAAUUUUAUUACUUCAACAAAAUGAUAUUACUGAAAACCAAAUUCCCUUUGAACAAUUUCCCUUUGAACAAUGUCGGGCAUGUAGGCUUGUGCCAAGCCUACAUGCCCGACAUAAUUUCAAUGAAAUUGAGUCUGACCUUCAAAGAGAAAUAAUAUUCUGUUAUCAAAUCAACAUGUUCCUUUUCUUAAUGUAGGAUGUUAGCUAGAGAUUUGCCUAUGUGUUAAACAAUGUUGUUAAAUCUCUAUUUCUGUAUUAUUAAAAAAAGUUCAAAGAUAUUUUUUAUGCCAUGACAUAAAUAGCAAGACUAUUUUACGAUUUUUGGAACCAUUUUUUAUUCCUGCUUUAGAUAUAAAUUAAAAGAAUUUUGAAUGCCUAAAGCUUUUAAUUGAAUCUUUGUUUUUGUUAUUAUUUCGUGUGUUCCUCAUUUUAUUAUUUUAUUAUUCUUCAGCUAUUUCCAUUUUUACAGUUUCCUGAAUAAUUUGUACGAUUGUAUCAUUAUUUUUAUAAUUUAAUACAUUUUAAUCUCUUGAAAGUUUUUUUUUUCUGUAUUAUCUAAUUACAUGACAAAUCUUUUUUGGGAGCUAUUAUUGGUUUAAUUGAUUUAAAUAUUAAAAGGAUGCUUAGGGUGCAUAUUAAUUCUAUAUAAUUUCCGCAUCAACGGUAUAGAAAAAUUUUAAUUUUAAUUUUUAAUAUGAAAAUGUUUUAAUAUUCGUCUUAACUGUCAAGAGAUUGAAGUAAUUUUUUUAAAAGUUUUAUUUCAUAUUCAGUGAAAAUAGAAUGAGCUGUGGUAAGAAUAUAUUAAU